AUGGGGUUGUGCAUUUGUUGUAGCGGAAGCAACAAUACUAGGAUUUGCAAGGAAGAGGAGAAACAGGCGCUAUUGUGCUUCAAGGAGGAGUCAAAAAUUCUAAGGAAUUGGGUUGAUAGAGCUGAUUGUUGCACUGAAUGGGAAGGAGUUGUGUGUGAUAAUGUAACCGGCCAUGUCAUUGAACUCCAUCUAUCAACUUUUGAGGAUAAUCUUCCAAGAGGUAAACUUAGUUCUUGCUUGCUUGAAGUGAAACAAUUACGUUACCUCGAUCUUAGUGGUCUCAAUUUCAGUGAGUCUCACAUCCCCAAUUUCAUUGGAUCUUUUGUAAAUUUGCAAUAUAUUGAUCUAUCUUCUACAAGCUUUGAAGGAAUAAUCCCCCAUCAACUUGGAAACCUUUCACAAUUGCAUACUUUACAUUUGAGAGAUGAGGCUCUCAAAGCUGACAGCCUUGAUUGGUUAUCCAGUCUCUCAAAUUUAAAAGUAUUGGACUUGACUUUUGCUAAUCUUAGCAUGGUACAUAAUUGGGCAGAGGUGAUUAAUAUGCUUCCUUCCUUGCGUGAGCUUUAUUUAACUGAUUGUGAUAUUUCAAAAUUAUCACAUCCACUUGGCCAUAACAAAUCUUCACUUCAAGUCCUUGAUCUUGCAAAUAAUGAAUUCAACACUGUCAUUUUUAGAUGGAUAUUCAACUUUGAUAGUCUUAUUUCACUUCAAUUAUAUGAUUGUGGUUUUCUAAGUCCAUUUCCUGAUGAUCCUUGGAAUUUGACAUCUCUUAGAGAUCUUGACAUCUCUGCAAAUCAAUUCCAUGGCCAUCUUCCCAAUAGUCUUUGGAAUUUGACAUUCCUUAGCAUUCUUUACAUCUCCGAAAAUCAAUUCCAUGGCCAUCUUCCAAAUAGUCUUUGGAACUUGACUUCUUUGUCAGACCUUGAUCUCUCUAAAAAUAUGUUCACGGGGGAGAUACCAAAGCCAAUUGGAAAACUCAACAAGCUGCAAAGAGUUAAUCUUUAUAACAACAAGUUAGAUGGACCACUUCCAGAGAAUUUAGGAUAUUCAUUUCCAAUGUUAGAAACUCUUCACAUUAUGGAUAACAUGUUUGAAGGCAUAGUGACGGAAAAUCACUUUGUUAAUCUCACCAUGUUGGGGUAUUUACAAGCAUCUGGAAAUAGAUUAACGUUGAAUGUUAGCCUAAAUUGGAUACCUCCGUUCCAACUUCUUGUGCUUUAUCUAAGUGGUUGGAAGUUGGGUCCUCAAUUUCCUACUUGGUUACAAUAUCAACAUAGUAUUGUCGAGUUGGACAUAUCUAAUGCUGGAAUUCAGAGUGAAGUUCCAAGUUGGUUUUGGAGAUCUUUUGAAUUUCGUUUCCUUAAUCUUUCACACAACCAGUUGCGAGGUAAAAUUCACAGUAUCUCAGUAUUCAAGCCAUUUGGAGAAAUGCCUUCAUCUGCACUUGUGUACUUGAGCUCUAACCAAUUUAAUGGUCCCUUACCUCGUAUCUCUAGCCAUACAACGGAGUUAGACUUGUCAAAUAAUUUCUUUUCAGAAGAUGUCUCUAACUUCUUAUGUCAAGCUCAAAGUGUGCCAUAUAAGCUUAAAAUACUUCAUUUGGGAGGAAACAGAUUAUUUGGAGAAAUUCCCAAUUGUUGGAUGCACUGGCCACAGUUAAAAGUCAUAAAUAUGGGCAAUAACCAACUGAUUGGAAGCAUCCCAAAUUCCAUUGGGCUUUUGGAUAAGUUGAAAUCUUUGGAUAUGCACAAGAACAUGCUUUUUGGCCCUAUACCUCCAUUAUUGCAAAAUUGCACCCUUUUGUUGAAAAUUGAUUUGGGUGAAAAUGGAUUCACAGGAAAGAUUCCAAGAUGGCUGGGGACUAAACUUUUAGAUUUGACAAUUUUUAGACUCCGAUCAAAUAAGUUUUACGGUGAAUUGCCUCUAGAAUUUUGCCAUCUUAAAUCACUUCGCAUUUUGGAUCUUUCCAAUAACAACCUCUCUGGUGUGAUUCCUUGGUGUCUUAAAAAUCUCACUGCAAUGAUCAAUGAAGAGGCAAUUCAAGAUGGAGAAUUUGAAAUGGGUUAUUCAUUUUAUGCAUGGGGAUUUGGUGAAAGUGCUAUAGUGACGACCAAAGGGCUAGAGUAUGAGUAUUACACAAUCAUUUUAUUGUUGUUUGCUGGCAUGGAUCUUUCAAGUAACAAUUUUUCUGGGGACAUUCCAAUUGAACUGGCCAAUCUUGUGAUAUUGAGAUCCUUAAACUUAUCAAGAAAUAACUUGACGGGAAAUAUCCCCAUGGAGAUGGGAAACAUGAGAUUCUUAGAAUCUCUUGAUCUUUCAAGAAAUCAACUUUCAGGAAAAAUUCCCUCCAGCUUCUCGAGUCUGUCCACUCUAGAAGUUUUGGACUUGUCAUAUAACAACUUAUCUGGGAAGAUACCUUCAGGUACUCAACUUCAAGGUUUUAAUGCUUCAUGCUACGUUGGUAACAACCUCUGUGGCCCUCCGCUCUUACAAAGUUGCAGUGUUGAUGAUGGCAAAAUUCCAAAAAAUGAAAAUGGAGGAGAUGAUAGUUCUGAAGUAGUGGAUUGGUUUUAUGUUAGCAUGGCUAUAGGAUUUGCAGUGGGCUUUUGGGCGGUCUGUGGUUCUUUGUUUCUUGUGAGAUCUUGGAGGAUUGUUUAUUUUCAAUUUUUAGAUGACAAGUUGAAGUCUUUUUUAGUGUGGGCACAUGCUCUGAGGGUAUAA